AUGAAGAUCUCCACGUUCUCCGUCGCAGUCGUCGCUGCCCUCUCCGCUGUAGAAGCCACUGAACAAGUAUCAAUCCACCUCCGCAUCAACGAGAAGGGCGGUGGCGUUGGCGACUGGGGGGCCUGCACUGGUGGUCAGAAGUGCUCCAAUCCUAGCAGUGUCUGCGUCAAGUACUCCAACUACUACUCGCAGUGCAAGCCGGCCACACUACCGGCCGGGGAGCUCUGCGGCCAAAAAGACGCGGCCAACGACUGGAAGUACGACAAGUGCCCGAGCAGCCAGAAGUGUACCGCCACGGGCACAGACUUCCGCUGCACCAACAAGAAGCAGCGCCGGAAGACAAUUUCGCAGAGGAACUGGGGUUCGUGCACCAUCACGAACGAGUCACAGUGUGACGGUCAGAACUGGACCGGCAGCACUUGCUGUGCUGAUCCCAACUACGAGUGCCGCUGGUCGGACGACGGCCAGAACGUCAAGCGCUGCCAAGCCAUUGACUGGUACUACGACGAGUAUGCCAAGGAAGGUGAAGACAAGACGAAGGAGGCGCCGACGAAGACGUACGUCGCCCUUUGGGACGACUGUAGCGCUUCUGACGCCGUCUGUGCCGACGGCAAUUGGUGCGUGCAGCACUCGAGCAGCUACUGGCAGUGCAAACCUGGCACUCUGGGCAACGGGGAACUGUGCGGCCAACAUGACGGCACGAACGAAUGGGACUACCCGUACUGCCCCACCGGGCAGACUUGCCAGCCACUGGGAACGGACAUGCGCUGCGCCUAA